UGUGACUCGACUGAGGAGGCACCGCAUUUCACUGCUGUGGAUUUAUGUGAAGACAUGCACUCAUGUAAGACGACAUGAGGACAGUCUUCCACAGACAGUAGCGACGGCAGCAGUGAUGUUCCGAGCUGUGUUUGGGAACAAGAGAGAGGGAGGAGGGAAACAUGGAGAAAAGAAGAGCAAGAAACAUCCAGGUGGUGAGUUGUACACUCACAGCACCUUGCAGAGGGGCCGUGGCAGACACGCCACUCACCUGCAGGAGCCUGACAGCCGCUACACUGAAAGCCCCGUUAAAGUGAGGAGACUGACCAGGGGCGUGUCCAUCUCCCUGCCAUCCUCCCCUCUUCUUCCUCGCCAGGCUGACGUAGCUCCCUCCCACUCGUGCAUCAAGUUCCCAGGACGUGUAGAGAAGCUGGAGUAUGUGGAGGACUCUUCUAGUGCGAGAGGACCUCUUGUCUUUGCCUCGUGCCGUGGCAAGACAGACCGCAGAGACCUCCACGUGGAGCCCCAGCUGGGCUCCUCCCUUUCUACCCAGGAACUGAUGACCAGACUAUGCUUCUUAUUGGGAGAAGCAACGCCUGGCUCUGCUAGCUCUCCAAUGGAGGACAGGAGGGAAAAGAAGUGUGACAGCUCUGCACAGGGAGGGAGUCCCAGCUCCACUCUGACCUGCAGCACUACCUCCCCAUGUUCAGAGAGUCCCUCCUCCACUCUCAGCACCAGUGCUGGAGGCCAGAAUCUGCCCCAGCCUUUACCUUUACCUUCACCACACUACAGCUCCAGCACCAGCCCCACUGGAACCCUCUCCAGUCCUGUAUCCAGCCCCGCCCCUGGUCCUGGCCCUGCAGCCACCACCGGCAGCAGCCCUGGGCCUCCUCCUCAAAGCCCCACCUCCACCCUGGAGAGCAAGGACAGUGGAAUCAUAGCAACCACCACGAGUUCCUCGGAGAAUGAGGAACGCAGCACCUCCAGCGAGCUGUUGACGAAGGAUGAAGGCCCGGUGGGCGGUGCUGGUGCAAUGGGCCGUGUCAGCGAGGACCGUCACUCUGGACCAUACAGGGACAAUCUGAUCGCCCAACCAGAUGAGGCCUUACCUAAACCUGACAUCAUGGAGUCCAGGACGCCGCCAGCGCCGAAAAGGCCCCUCCCACAGUACCACGUAAACAGCACCUCCUCCCUCGUGAUGCCACGUCCAAAUUCUGUGGCAGCAACAAGCUCUACUCAACUGGAGGAUUUGAGUUAUUUGGACCACCAAAGGGCUACGGGACACAGGAGCUCCAUUCGCAAACACAACACAGCUGGACGCACAAGUGAUGACGCCAAAGGGAGAUUGGUGGCAUUCAGACAGGCUGACAUUAUGCUCAAGCCGCUGCUGUUUGAAGUCCCCGGCAUCACCGCCGAUACGCCGUUUGUCGGACGGGACUGGCUCUUCACGCGUCUGGAGGAGGUCCUGAGGAAAACCAGCAGCUGUGAGGGACGCGGUGCUGUGAUUGUGGGUAACGCGGGAUCCGGCAAGACUGCUAUCAUCUGGCGGUUGGUGACGCUCAGCUGUCACGGCACGCGCACGCCACUGGGAGGUCCUGGCGCCCCUCACAUCCCCAGCUCCUCCCCUAAAUGUGGGGAUAAGCAGAGUAGAACAGGCUCCAAACAGCCAGCUGAAUCCCAGCCCAGCCAGAGUACUGCUGCUGCUGCUGCUGCUGCAGGAGCAAACGAUGGUACAGCACAGAGGAAGGAGGCUGUCAGAUGCCUGGCUGCCAAGGUGGUCGCCUACCAUUUCUGUCAGGCUGACAACACUUACACCUGUCUGGUGCCGGAGUUUGUGCACAGUGUUGCCGCCCUGCUGGCCAGAGCUCCCCAGCUCAGCCCAUACAGGGAAGUGCUGGUGCAGGAGCCUCAUUUACAAAACGCCCUCAGCCUGCGAUCUUGUGUUCAAGACCCAAUAGCUGCCUUCAGAAAGGGAAUCCUAGAGCCUAUCGCCAGCCUGCGCAAAGAGAGGAGGCUCCCCGAAGACGACUACAUCAUAUUGGUCGACAGCCUUAAUGAGGCGGAGUUCCACAAACCGGACUAUGGUGAUACCAUCGCAACCUUCAUCACUAAAAUAAUCUCCAAAUUUCCAGUGUGGCUUAAAUUGGUGGUCACAGUCAGAACAGGCCUGCUGGAAAUCACCACACUCCUCCCCUUCUCUGGCAUCUCUCUGGACAUUCUACCAGACAGCAGCGACCUGGGAGCCGACCUCAGCGACUACAUCCAUCAUCGGGUCAGUGGCAGCACCCAGGUCGCCGCUAACGUCACCACACCAACAGGUUCCGCCCCCGAUCCGCUGCUCCUCAGCAAGUUCAGCAGCCACCUAUCUACACGAAGCCACGGCUCCAUCCUCUACCUACAGCUCACCCUGGAUCUGUUCCACAAAGGCCACUUGGCCCUGAAGGGAGGAAACUAUCUGGUUGUGCCCGUCUCCCUGUCAGAGGUGUACCUGCUGAUGUGUCGCGUGAGUUUUCCGGAUAAGGAGCUCUUUGAACGGAUACUACCGGUGCUAAAUGUGGCGCUGGCUUCUCUGCACCCACUGACUGACGAACAAAUGUUCCGGGCACUGAAUGCAGGCAGUGUGAGGGGGGAGCUGGAGUGGAUGGACUUCCAGCAGAGAUUAGACAGCCUGGCUGGAUUCAUGGUUAGGCGCAGGGACGGCACACGUAUGCUGUGUCAUCCUUCCUUCAGAGAGUGGCUGGUUUGGAGAGCAGACGGAGAGAGCACGGACUUCCUCUGUGAUCCCAGGAGUGGCCAUGCGCUCCUCGCCUUCAUGUUCUCCAGACAGGAGGGGAAGCUGAACCGGCAGCAAACCAUGGAACUGGGACACCACAUCCUCAAGGCUCACAUAUUCAAGGGCCUGAGUAAGAAGACAGGUGUGUCCUCCAGCGUUCUGCAGGCCAUGUGGGUGAACUACAGCACAGACAGUUUGUCCGCUGCGCUGGCCUCCCUGAGGAACCUUUAUACACCGAACAUCAAGGUAAGCAGGCUGUUGAUGCUCGGCGGCGCCAGUGUGACCUGGUGUACGGAGGUGGUAGGACGUGCUCCGAUCCUGGCCGUACAUGCCCACCUGGGACAUGUGGAGAUGGUGGCCCUGUUGCUGGAGAUGUGGGCUCCUGUGGACGGGAGCGCCGAGAACGGGAUGACGCCCCUGUGCCUGGCCGCCGCCGCCGGACACGUGGACGUCGUCAGUCUGCUGUGCAAGAAAGGAACCAAGGUGGGCCACACUGAUAAGAAUGGUCAGUGUGCGCUGGUCCAUGCUGCGCUGAAGGGUCAUGCAGAAAUCAUCAACAUCUUGCUGGGCCAGGACUGGGGAGCAGAGAAUCUCAGUGACCCACAGCAGCACAACAGUAAUGAGACCGUGACUGGGAAAAGACAGGCUGCACAGCAGGUGGUCACCGCUGCAGCAAGUAUGGGACACACACAGGUGGUGAAGAGCUUGCUGGACUUGAAAGAUGAACAGCUGGCAGUGCAGAUGGACGCUCACGACUCUCUCUGGGGAGAAACCGUGCUGAGCGCAGCAGCAGGGAGAGGGAGGAUGGAGACGUGUGCGUUCCUGCUGGAGCGGGGGGCAGGGCUGGAGAUACCCAACCGCAGAGGGAUGGUCCCGCUGCUCAGUGCCGCCAAACAUGGACACACACAGGUUUCAGAAUUGUUGCUCAAACAUGGUGCUGACAUCAACGUCUGUGACAAGCAGGGCCGCACUGCACUGAUGCUGGCCGCCUCCGAGGGCCACACCAGCCCUGUGGAACUCCUGUCGUCAAAGGGUGCUUCUCUGUCCUCCGCUGAUCAGGAGGGUCUGACCGCUCUCAGCCUGGCCUGUCUGAAGGGUCAGAAAAGUGCCGUGCAACUUCUGGUGGACGCAGGUGCAGACGUGAACCAACCUGACAGACAGGGACGGACUCCACUAGACCUAGCUGCUCUUAAUGGGGACGCAGAUACAGUGCAUUGUCUGGUGGAACACGGAGCGGUGCUGGAACGAGCCGACAACAACAGCAACAGCAGCAGCAGCAGCAGCAGAGGUUCAGAGCGGAAGACUGGCUGUCAGAACCCGGCGCUGGUGGCCUCACUACUCAAGAAAGGAUCUAAGAUGGGCCACAGAGCGGCUCCGCACGAUCAAUCAGGUCACGCGACGUGGGCGAUGGCUUCCUCCAAACCAGACAUUCUCCUCAUCCUGCUGCAGAAGCUGAUGGAGGAAGGCAACCUGCUUUACAAGAAGGGACGUAUGAAGGAGGCAGGCCAGCGGUACCAAUACGCCCUGAGGAAGCUUCCUCGCGAGGGACAAGGCGAGGAGCUGAAAGGCCUCAAAGAUCUGCGCGUCUCCCUCUAUCUCAACCUCUCACGCUGCCGCAGGAAAACCAACGAUUUUGGCAUCGCUGAGGAUUUUGCAACCAAAGCCCUGGAACUCAAACCCAGGUCUUACGAGGCGUAUUAUGCCCGAGCUCGGGCCAAGAGGAGCAGCAGGCAGUUUGCUGCGGCGCUGGCAGACCUCCACGAAGCAGCACGACUCUGCCCGUCCAACCGGGAGAUCCGACGCCUGCUGGCACGAGUAGAAGAGGAAUGCAAACAUCAUCAGAAGACAUCCGGCAGCAACGCAGCGCAGGGUUACAACAGGGACACGUACACCCACCACCACCAAGGCACAGAGGAGGAGACAGACGUCUAUUCGCAGGGAAGUCUAGAGAGGCAAGUCCCCACGGAGCACACUGAUGCAGAGAGGGAGGAUGAGAGGGAGGAAGGCGAUGAGGUAAGCCUGCCAUGUGUGAAAAGUCCGGAGUUUUGGCCUCUGAAUCCGUACGCUCCAAAUAGGACUCUCCCAGGGGGCGUGGCCUUUGGCUUAGCAGAUCAGAUGCCAUGUUUCCCUCAGGAGGACUAUGUCAUGGACAUGCCUGAGCACGUGUCUGCUUUCAACAGGCAGACCCAAAACCAAGGCAGCAGGACUCAUCACCACUGUCACUCCCUCCAGUCAGGGAGCAGAGUCGGGGGCAGACCUUUGUCUUUGUGUGGCCCCUCCAGUCCUCUGCCAGGCAGACACAUCUCCACCUCUCUGAGGCCCGCACCAGUGCUGGGUAUCGACAUCGGCCCCGGAUCAGCCACUGACCACUCCGGUCUCAGCCCCACCGAACUCUAUCACCCCAUGUCCCCCAACAGCUCCUCCCCACCUGGACCUCUGCAGCAGAUGUACCAGCCCCGCUCCUCCAGCUUCUCCAGAGGAUCUGACAGACUCUCCACACACUCCGCAGCUCUGGACGGCCUCGCUCUCGCUCUGGGGUCCGGCAUGGACGUCAGGAGGGAGAGCGGAGGCGUGGGCACGGCAGGCUCAAGGGGCUCAAGCUCCAGUCAGGCCUCCAGUGGGAAUCUGUCAGACGGAGGAAGGCAGCAGGUGAUGGAUGCCCCAUGCCCCAUCAAGAGCAGCGGUAGCUUCAAAACAAAACCCGAGCUAAAGCCACGGCCUUUCAUGGGGGUGAUGGACAAAGCAGUGCGAGUCCAGGGUCAGCAGACUUCUGGUUUGGGCCGACAAGGACAGGGAGGAGGGGUGGAGAGUUUCAGUAUGUCAGUCAUGGAGUUCCAAGGGCUGAACAAUGACUUCAAGCGUGCCUCCUUCCAGGAGCAGCUCUCUGGAGGCCAGGCCAACAUGCGCGACUUUGGAGAGCGGCUGCACCAGCGAGAGGCAAGAGGCUCCAUGUCCUCGCAGCUACGCUUCCCCGAAGGCAGGCACAGACAGACGAGCCUCACGAGAGACAACCCAGCUCUGCAUAUGGCUCCCAUCAAACCCAAACGCUCGUUUAUAGAGUCGAACGUCUAAAUAUGGACAUCAAAGCACAGAUACAGGCUGUUUUCAAGAAACUACUGUUCACACACAAGGUAGCGAGGGAGACAGGUUUGACAGCAGCUCCCUUCUCUGAGCCUGUUUUGUAGAUUUUAUGCUGCUGUACUGCAUUUACAAUCUAGAACCAGUGUUCAACUCAGGCUAUGACGCUUUUGCUUACAUGUCUACAGCUACACUAGUGUAUUCAAGAAAAACCAGACAUACCUUAAGUAGGGAUUUGAAAGUGAGACGUAGAAUAUUGUCUUCAACUUUUAAUUUAUUAUGUCGAACAUAAAACCGAGAGAAAGCUUUGUGCACGAAUAUACGAAAACCUCAUGCUGGUAGUUGCAGGAUAUGACCAUUUCUAUUGUCAAGUGUCUUUUAAAAACAUUUAUAUUUGUACGGUGCACACUAUAUUUGCAGAUGAUAUAUUUCCCCCGUAAGUGGUUCUUCUGUCAGCGUUACAGGCUUCAAAGGAAAACGACUUUCUGUACUCGAGAUUCUUAGUACGUUUGAUAAAAAAAAAAAGAAGGAGAAAGAAAAACACUGCACUGUACGUGACGCCGAUGGAAACGUAUCAUAUUCUAAUAUUGACUUGAAUGCUUCAAUAUUCACAGUAUAUGUUAUUUAUUUUUGCAUAGCAGAGAAAAUAUUCAUAUGAAGUGUUUAUUGAUUUACUUGGACACAGAGAGAGAGAGAAAGACAGCGAGAGAGAGAGAGUUUACACAGGCAAAUAUUAAAAGAGAAGAUUUUUACAUUGCUGUAUGUCCAUAGUUGUCAUAUACCCUUUGGAGUCAUGCUAUGGAUUUACUGAAUGUUACCACUACAUUACUGUGGUUUAAUAAAAUAUCCAUGGAGGACGA